AUGACUUUGUCUUUUGCACAGUUAGACAUUUUCCUGUCUAUUUUCCAGGCCAUUGGAGAUCAGAACAACAUAGCCUUCUUACCAAACGCUCAGAUCCAAGCCUCACUAUUCAGCGCAAUUUUUGGAAUCGCUUCACAGCAGUUUUCUGGAUUUUCUAAUGAGCAAUGGAGCAAAUAUUUUCACUACAAAUUUAACCUCUUCCUAUCCAGCAUCACUGAAAGCCAAGUUCAGCAGAUACCUCUGGGCAUUAGCUGUGCCGCCUUCAAAUCUGUAAUAUCUGGGCUUAGCAGCCAUUACAAUGCACUAAAUGAAUCUGCGCAAACAGCGUGCUUUCAGUACGCGAAGACCUACCUCAAUGUCAAUAAACCACCCAGUGGGCCGGCAUGUCCUGCAAGUUCAGGAGGCAGCGGUGAAUGGCUUCAGAUGAACUUUGCGUUAUUUAGUGAAAUUGGCACUAUUGAAGACAUUAAAGAUGUAUACCCAGGCUUUAUUUUUACUGAUGCAAUCGCAGAACUUACUGCUGAGCAGUUGGGUUACUAUGUGGCCAAUGGUCAGGUCUUGUCAGAGAAGGCCCAAGUUUCAAAGGUGAUGGGUGGAAUAACUAGUGCAACUAUUGAAGAAUUCGUGGAUGCAUUUAAUAAAGGAAUGAUAAUGUCUGGCAUCACACAAAUAACUAACAUCCAGGUGAAAAAGUUUUUAUUGGGAGAAAUCUUCUGUAAGCUCGGAUAG